GUAACCAGACGAAUACAAGACCAUUUUUUUCUCAGCCCUUAGAAAAUGGUGAUGUUAGCUCAUAGGAUAAGGCGAUAACCCUUAAGGGGUUGGUUGAGCACUGUAUGUAACAUCUAAAGAGAAGCAGCAGAUGGAGAAUAAUCAGUUUAAGGGAGGAAAAGAGUAGUUAUAUCCAGGGCUCGGAACUGGUUGGUUCUGACUGAAACCCCUCCUGAGAAUUUGUAGCUCUAACAAGUCCCCAGCUAAUGCUGCUGGUUAGGGACCAAUUCUAAGAACCACUAGGAGAGCUGUGGUUCCCAAAGUUCAUUUUACAGUGAGAAUCACUUGGAUCUUGUUAAGAUGUAGAUUCUGAUUCAGUAUAUCUGGGGGGAAAUGCAAAUCUCAGCUGGGUUUUGAACUGGAACCCCUAUUGGAGAGGGCUCUUGGAUUCUGAACUGCUCACCCUCACAACUACUGCACAAGUUUUGCUGAGGUAGACAUUGGUCCCCAAGGACCAGCUGCCCAAAAGCUUUCUCUGUCGUAUUUUAUACCCAUAUGAUACUCUCGACCCAUUUUUGAAGCCAGGGCCAAUCAUGUAAUUUAAUGACUAAGAGAUUGGUGGCUGGAGCUGAGGUGUCUGAGUCAGGUUUGGGGGUUGGUAUUUUUUCAGUUACAGGAAGUAAGACUUUCAUUUCCUCCUUUCCCAAAGAAGGCAGGGGGAAUAGGGUUGAUUGAGCAAACGACUAGUACUGGCAGAAGCUAGUUGGACUUUUGGACUUUGGGUGAGGCGGUUCUGCCAUGAGGCUGGCUGUGUUUUUCUCUGGGGCCUUGCUGGGGCUACUAACAGCCAAAGGAUCAGGGAAUGACUGUCCUCAUAAAAAGUCAGCCACUCUGCUGCCAUCCUUCACGGUGACCCCUACAGCUACAGAAAGCACAACAAGCCUUGGAACAACCAGCCACAGAACUACGAAGAGCCCUGAAACCACAAGUCACAGGACAACUACCACAGGCACCACCAGCCAUGGACCCACCACUGCCACUCACAAUCCUGCUACCACCACCAGUCAUGGAAACACCACAGUUCAUCCAACAAGUAACAGCACUGCUACCAGCCCACGAAUCACCACUUCCCCCCACCCGGGACCACCUCCACCCUCUCCAGGGCCUAGCCCAGGCUCCAAGGAAGCUAUAGGAGACUACACAUGGCGUAAUGGUUCCCAGCCCUGCGUCCGCCUCCAAGCCCAGAUUCAGAUUCGUGUCUCCUACCCAAGCCAGGAUGGAGGAAAGAUGUGGGGCAUCUCUGUACUGAAUCCCAACAAAACCAAGGCCCAGGGGAACUGUGAGGGCGCCCAUCCCCACCUGCUCCUCUCAUUCCCCUAUGGACAUCUCAGCUUUGGUUUCAAGCAGGACUCAAUACAGAGUGUUGUCUACCUGAACUACCUGGCUGUGGAAUACAAUGUGUCCUUCCCCAAGGCAGCACAGUGGACAUUCUCAGCUCAGAAUUCAUCCCUUCGAGAUCUCCAAGCCCCCGUGGGCCAGAGCUUCAGCUGCAGAAACGCGAGCAUCACUGUUUCACCAACUCUCCACCUUGAUCUGCUCUCUGUGAAACUACAGGCUGCUCAGCUGCCCCCCACGGGGGUUUUUGGGCCAAGUUUCUCUUGCCCCAGCGACCAGUCCAUCUGGCUGCCUCUCAUCAUCGGGUUGGUCAUCCUCGGCCUUCUCAUCCUGGUGCUUGUUGCCUUCUGCGUCAUCUGGAGACGCCCGUCCACCUACCAGCCCCUCUGAGCAUCUGCCCAACCCUUCCAUUUCCUCACCAUACAGCUGACUCAAAGACAAAGUCAUCCUUCUUCCCUGUUUUGAGCAAAAAUGGAGAUAAUGCAACUAGGAGGGGUGUGGGGAUUUUUAUUAAAUAUGAGAAAUUUCCCCUUCCCCACCCCCAGUAGGAGAGUAAUAAAACCUACUUAAAUCUU